AUGGGCACCAAGGAGGCGUCGGACGACCCAUCCCAUCCAGAUUCGGCCGAAACAGUGCACAUAUCAGCACUAGCUUUGCUGAAAAUGAUGAGGCAUGCAAGAAGCGGUGUCCCACUAGAGGUCAUGGGAUUGAUGUUGGGCAGCUUUGUUGACGACUACACCAUCAAUGUCGUAGACGUGUUCGCGAUGCCUCAGAGCGGAACUAGCGUAACAGUCGAAUCAGUGGAUCCCGUUUAUCAGACGAAGCACAUGGAUCUGCUGAAGCAAACCGGCCGUACGGAAAUGGUAGUCGGAUGGUGA